UAUCCCAGAAAGAAAGAAUCAUCGUUCUAACGGCUCUUAGUCUUCCUUCAAAGAAGAUGGUACUCACCAGGUCAAUGCAUUAACUGCAAAGGUAAAGGAGUCCUUGCUUCAUUUUGUCACUACUGGGGAGACUACAACUUCCUGAGCACCAGGCCCGAAGCUGAAGUACUAUUUUGUAACUAUCAGAAGCCAGUACUCUGGGACAUUUUGUGGCUUGUGGAUCUUCUAUACUUAGUUGCUUUCAGAUCUACCACUGUUAGAUACUUCCUGGCACCCAUCCUAAGACUGUAGUAGCUCUUGGAACUGAGUCACAGCCACUCUCAGCCACUGUCUGCCAGGAGUCCCUCACUUGACUCCUGUGGUUACCUUUUCCAUCAUGCCAAAGAAUAAAGGCAAAGGAGGCAAAAAUAGGCGCAGAGGUAAAAAUGAAAAUGAAUCUGAGAAAAGAGAGUUGGUGUUUAAAGAAUAUGGGCAAGAAUAUGCUCAGGUGACCAAAAUGCUGGGAUGUGGAUGGUUGGAAGCAAUGUGUUUUGAUGGUGUAAGGAGGCUGUGCCACAUAAGAGGAAAGUUGAGAAAAAAGGUUUGGAUAAAUACCUCAGACAUUAUAUUGAUUGGUCUACGAGACUAUCAAGAUAACAGGGCUGAUAUAAUCUUAAAGUACAAUCCAGAUGAAGCAAGAAGUCUGAAGGCCUAUGGAGAACUUCCAGAACAUGCCAAAAUCAAUGAAAUGGACACAUUUGGUGCUGGGGAUGAUGAAGAAAUCGUGUUUGAUGAUAUUGGAGAGGAUGAUGAAGACAUUGAUGACAUCUAACAUAAAC